AUGGGUACUGUGGUGCUGGGCACGUUGUCGGGAUUUGGUGCAAUUACCACCGCAUGGAUGUUUGCUGACGCUCUGGGGAGUUUAUCAAGGGAUGAGGUUACCAAACAGGAUAUUACAAGCGCGGAACACAGUCUGACGCGCGUGCGCAAUGACCUCGACCUACGGAAUAGAGAGGCUCUGGCCUUGGAACUUCAAAAUACGAAAAACCCGCUUUUGAAUUUGGAUUCAAUACUUAUUCCUGUAUUUGUAGCAACCGCGUUCGUGGGGCUCGCGCUUUCUCGGAGCCUUCAGUGGGGAGAGUGGUGGGUAUCGGUGUUUCAUAAUCUCACUAAAUUGGGCGAUCCUCUAAUUAGUAACAAUGUGAAUACAGAAGCGACAGCUCUACGUCGCGAAAUAGCCGGGCUGCGAGCUCUAGAGGCGGAGAUGUCCCGAGAGCUUGAGCAUAUGCGCGCUCGACAGGCUCGCAUGGAGUUCUCGAAGACCCUCAGUGGGCGUAUCUGGAAUGCGGGAGGUUGGCUAUUUGGUGCUUAUUGUGCUUUCAGGGUUGUAAACUCAGCAACAAACCUACUUUUUUUGUUCCUUGGGCUUCGUCAAUACCCUACAUCUAUGCCUGCAGACACGUGUGCCCCUUCCUCUGCAACGCCGUGCACCGGGAUAUCCACAGCUCCUCCUGACCUAAUCAGCGGUGCAUUGGGUCUUCUUGUCUCGCUAGUUCCCGGAAUCCCGUUGGAACGCUCUGAAGCCGAUCGGGCAGCACGCCAAAUCAGCCUCUUACUUGUAGGUUGUAUCGUACUCAGUAGCAUCAGGGUCGUCCUAAUUGGCGUUGGAAAGAUUCUGCGAGUUACCAGUCAAUCAAUCCUGACUUCCUUGGCGUUACUUAUUUUAGCACAAUUGAUGGGAACGUAUCUUCUUUCCACACUCAUUCAACUUCGCACUUCGUUUCCUUCUUCUACGAACCUAGACGGCAAUGACACUGCUCUAUCUCUAUUCUCAACACUCCCAGCCUUUGAAGUUUUCGGUUGGAUUUUCGACGCAACCUUCUUGAUUUCAGCAUGCCUUACUAUGACAUGGAGGUGGCUGGAAGUUCGGCUUCAAGGAAUGUAA